AUGUUGGAAAAAUUCAUGCGCGCGAAGGAGGACCGGCCUACGCCUCCGGAAGUGUAUAAUAAGCGACUGUACUUUACCGUUAUGGCGAUCUCGAUGAGUCUGCUCAUGUUCGGAUACGAUACAUCCUUUAUCGGAACGACUUUGGAGAUCCCGAGCUUUACACGCGAUUUUGGGUUGGAUAAAAUGUCAUCAGGGAAGAAAAGUGACACGACAGGAAACCUCACUAGUGUCUUUUCUGUUGGAGCCUUCUUCGGUAGUCUCUUCAUGUUCUUCGUUUUUGAAGUCUUUGGACGACGCGUCAGUCUCCUCAUUGCGGAUGGUUUCGCCAUUCUAGGUGCCGUUAUGUGCACCGCCGCCAAUGGAAACCUCGGCGCUCUGUAUGCUGGUCGUGUAUUUUCUGGUUUCGGUGUCGGUGGCUUCGUGUCUGUUGUGCCGAACUAUAUCUCUGAGUUGUCCCCUCCAGCAGUCCGUGGUCGCAUGACGGGCAGAGAGGAGGAAGCGAUUAAAAGUUUUGCCUACCUUCGCAACCUCCCUGUCGAUCAUCACUACACCCAGGAAGAUGUUGGAUUCGUGAAGGCCCAGCUGGAAAUUGAGCGCGCCCUUACAUCCGAAGGUGAAAGCCAUACUCUCUGGCAGUACCUUGGAGCCGCAUUCAAGGAGGCAAAGAUGAAGGGUGUUCGCAACCGUUUUGGUCUUGUGAUUAUGAUGACUAUCUUCCAAGCUUGGGGUGGUGCAGUCGCGAUCAAUUACUACUCGCCCACCAUUUUCCGCUCUAUUGGAUUGGAGAACACGACCCUCUGGACCGGUGUUUAUGGAGUCAUCAAAUCGGUCUCUUCCAUAAUUUACUUCAUUUUCUUCAUCGAGGCAGCGGGGCGAAAAUGGCCUUGGAUUAUCUCCUGCAUUGGCUGUGGUACUUGCAUGUACUAUCUUGGAGCAUACAUCGACAUUAUGAAUCCAGAAUCUGCCAACCCACAGACUCUAUCGCAAGACGCUGCUGGCAAGGGCGCAGCGGCCGCAAUCAUGAUUUACGGAUUUUCAUGGUCAUUUGGCGCGAACGGAUUGCCACUCAUUAUUGCUUCUAAAAUUUUCACUCCCAGCCUUCGCAGUAUUGUUGAUUAUGAGGAGGAAGUUAUGCACGAGAAGGGCGAGAGUGUAGAGAUGGUGGAGGUUGUUUGA